AUGACUUCUUCAUUAGCCACUCGUGUUAUCGCUCUUGAAAGCGUGAAUUCUCAUCAAUACUCCUCUUUUCACAACCCUGGUCCUCGCAAUCAUUAUUUCAUGGCCGGGCCCGUUCAAACAGGUUCGGACCCAGUCACCUUUCACAAUCCGCUUUCGCGAACACCGAACCCAGUGGUAUCGUCUCCGUCUUCUAUCGCAGCCACCUCAGGCCCCAUAUCCUCUUUCUUGAAAUCUACGGAACCCAGGAGUGGAUCUAGUCUCAGCUCAAUCGCCACUGCAGGAUUACGGACUUCUUCUUCGCCAAACAUGGUGUCUAGUUCGCGGUUGUCACCGCAACCAGUGACAGCGAGCAACCCGCAUCGUCGUCAGGAUGGACCGCGGGAGCGCACCUCUAGCGAACAGAAUCAUAGCGAUGGGAGCACACCGCUUCCAGAUGGUGCAGACGAACGAAAAGACAAAAACCAGGGAGGUUCGAAAACCGCUGCCAUAGCAAUCUUAACCCCAACAGAUCCGCUGGAUGGUGCUCCAAAAUCGAUUCAUAUAUCUGCAGAAGACUCAAGGACUGAUAUCCAUGCGCGACGUGCAAGUUCUACUGGCCUGUCGGAUGGUAGAAACGUUGCCAGCCCUGGGCCUAUUGAGGAAGCCAAAUACCAUGGAAAAAUGAACGAAACGCGACGCAAAGAGGAAGACCUCGUGAUGGAGGAAAGGAAACAAAUCUUUUCUCUUUACCCGAGCCACCUUCUCACCCAUAGCCAAGAAAAGCCGUACGUUUGUCAGACAUGUCAAUCACGAUUCCGGCGACUACACGACUUAAAGCGACACACGAAACUUCAUACUGGCGAGCGGCCACAUAUAUGUCCAAAGUGCGGUCGUCGAUUUGCUCGAGGUGAUGCGCUGGCGCGACAUAACAAAGGUCAAGGAGGAUGUGCGGGGAGGCGAUCUAGCCUGGGAAGCUUUCUUGGUGAUGAUGAAUACGGUGAUGGAGGCACUCCGGGUGGAGAAGAUGGAAUGGAGGGUCUUAUGUAUACCGAGCCGGAUCGAAUGGAUGAAGAGGAGGAGAAACGUGCAAAUAUGCCCAGCAUUAAAAAGCACAACCCUCCAGAUUUUCAACGGACGUCAAGUGCCGGGCAUGUAUCCUUUCAGUCCCACCAACCUAGUACCUACCCCCCUCUAGCAACCAGUCGACCCUCACAAGGUAGCCUCUUUCCACCAGUCACAAGCCAUCCAGGCUCCAGUUCGUCCCCUUCCCCCAUCUCGCAAUCUGGGAACGUAUCUUUACCUCCAGGAGGAGGUUGCAGUUCCUCUUCGGGCUUCAAUACCCAACAGCAUGGCAGCUCAAGUUCUGUCUUCGCGCAGAACAGUAUGACUGAAAGUCUCAAACCUCUAUCGCCGAACGUAAUCCCAACUCGUCAACUGAGCCACGGAUCGGAUCCUAAUGUUCAACCCUCACGAGCUUUAUCCCCUAAUUUGAAGCCUCAGAACCAACAACAACCACAGCAGCAGCAGCAGCAGCAGCAGCAACAACAACAACAACAACAACAACAACAACAACAAUUCAGCCGAAAUAGCGUCCCUGAAAACAACAGCGGGCCUUCCCAGAUUCUCCCGGGUCCGCAGCUCCCUCCCCCGCAUGGCCUAAACAGCUCAGAUACCCGAUUCCCACUCCCCAGUCCGAACUCCGGCCAAACACAGGGUCAACUUCACUCAAUGUCUUCAGCCUCGCCCCACCUGCAGCCGCAUCCCCACACCAACGCAAGUACAGAUCCAAACUACAACAACAACCUUAAUAAUAAUAGUAAUAAUAUGUUCUCUCAACAAAGGCAGCCACCAUCGUCAUCACACCCUAAUGCCCCGCCUCCUCCUGAUAGAAUAUGGGCGUAUAUGCGAACACUCGAAGACCGUUUAAAUGGUCUGGAAGAAGAAGUCGGCAGACUUCGGAACCAACUAGUUUCAACAAACAACAAUGCUAGUGGGGCUGCCAAUGGCUCAUAG